AUGGCUCCAGGUGUUCCCGGUAUUCCUGCAAAACUUGAUACUCCAAGAGAACCUUCUCAUAGACCUUCAAAAGAUUCUUUUGUAAGAUAUACUGCAACUCCAAGACAACUUAAAAGAUAUAAUAGUAUUGAGAAAUUUGAUGUUCCUGAAAAAGCUGAAUUUUUAAGAGAAUUCUCUCAUAAAUAUGGUUAUAAUGGUAAAAUUGAUUCUAUACGUGAAAAUGAAUACCCUCAUUUAAAGGACGCUGUUUACCUUGAUCAUACUGGUACUACUACUUAUCCUAAAAGUGCCAUUGACUCUUUUGCUGAUGAUCUUAAAAGUAAUCUUUUCGGUAACCCUCAUUCUGAGAAUCCAAGUUCUCAACUUUCUACUGAUAGAACUGAACAAGUUAGACUUCGUGUCUUAAAUCAUUUUAAUGCAAAUCCUCGUGAUUAUCAAGUUGUAUUCACUCAAAAUUGUACUGCCGCAAUUAAAUUAGUCGGUGAAAUCUUUCCUUGGACUUAUAGUAAAAGUUCUUUUAGAUAUAUGAGAGAAGGUCAUAAUAGUUUAAUAGGUUUAAGACGUUAUGCUGAAGAAAAUAAUUCUUCUGAUGUAAAAGUCGUAACCGAGAAAGACCUGGAGUCCAUGUUUAAAGCUUACCCUGAACAUAGAAACAUUAAUUUACCACCUGAAAAUAAUAACAGUAUCGUAUAUGGUCUUUUUGCUUAUCCUGCUCAAUGUAAUUAUUCCGGAAAAAGAUUUCCACUUUCAUGGAUAAGAAAGAUCAAAUCUUUCGAUACUGAUAAAUCAAAAGUUUUAGUUUUAUUGGAUGCUGCUGCUUAUGUAUCAUGUUCACCACUAUCAUUAGAUAAUUUGGAUGACUCUCCUGACUUUGUUGCUUUCAGUUUUUACAAAAUAUUUGGCUUCCCCACUGGAUUGGGUGCUUUAAUAGUAAAAAGUGAGUUAGCUUCAAUACUAAGAAAACGAUAUUUUGGUGGUGGUUCAAUUAGAGCUGUUGCUUAUGAUCGAUCAUGGCAAAUGUUCCGAAAGGAUCUUAGUGGUCGUUAUGAAGAUGGUACAAUUAACUUUUUGGAUAUUAUAGCCCUUGAUCAUUCAUUUAAUGCAAUGGAAAAAUUAUAUACAAACUUUGCUUUCAUUAAGGAUCAUUUGACUUCACUUAGUACUUUCCUUUAUAGAAAAAUGACUUCAUUACGUCACGCAAAUGGUACUUCUUUGAUCACUUUGUACACUGAUAAUGACUAUUCAGAUUCUACACUUCAAGGCCCUAUUUUUAAUUUUAAUGUAAAACGUGCUGAUGGUACUUGGAUUGGGUAUCGUGAUAUAGAAAAGGCUGCAGGUGAACGUGGUAUUCAUGUAAGAACUGGUGGUUUUUGUAAUCCUGGUAGUACUUCGAAAUGGGUAAAACUUAACCCUGAUUUUGUCAUGGAGAACUUUAUGGAAGGAAAAUAUUGUGGUGACGAAAAUGAUAUUUACAAGGGAAAACUCCAAGGUUCAAUGCGUAUCUCAUUAGGUGCUAUGACAACUAUUGAUGACGUUCUUAAAUGGUUAUCAUUCCUUAGAGAAUAUAUUGAUACGACAACCCCUUUAUCACAAAAAACUUCAUCACAAGUGCCAUCUAAAAGUAACUCUCGUUUAUCACAAAAAGUAGAAAUGAGUAUAACACAUCCAAAUAUGGUUGUAGAAAAAGUAACUUAUACACGGGAUCUUGCUCCAAAACAAAUGGAAUAA